UUGUCUAUACUCUGAUUUAUUUUUUCUGCCUGUAGAAUAUGUGGAAAAAAAAUCUACCGUUUGAUUUCUCAAACUGGUUAGUAAUCAACUGGCUUGAAUGAUGAAAAUCCUUUGAGAUGAAAAGCAGCACUUUUAGUGAUCAUCUUUUUGCUUAUGCGCGGCUCGUGCCUAAUUUGGCGCGUCAACAGCCUGUUGUCUGUGUCAGAGGAGAAACGCACAACUUCAACGCGAGCUGGAGCCGGAGCGGGAGUGGGGGCUGCAGCUGGUCUGAGCGGCUCUCUAGGGCCAAAGGCGGGGGGGCAGCAGGGGGACCGGAGCUGCCCCGCUGUUCGGCUGUUGGGUGGUUGGAUAGGGGAUCUGGCGCAAUUGUGGAGCGGGGAUGAUGAAGUCGGUGGUAAUGUAUGGCCCGGCAGCUCGACCAGGUUCCUGGGUCUUGCCACCACUGUGUUUACUACUGUGCGCUCUCCUUUUUUUCCCGCCUUGCGCUCACUCACACCCGCAACCGUGCCAGGUGCUGAAAAGAAUCGGCCAUACGGUUCGCGUGGGGGCUUUACACGUUCAGCCUCGUUUACUGUCCGCAGCUGCUGGCAGCGGUUCCGAGGACUGGGACGACGUGGGAGCUUUAACUGGAGAACAACAGCUGGAGUUGGAAAAGCAGGGUAAAAUAAGUGCCAGUGCGCCUGGAUAUGGAAACCUCAGGACUAGAGUCACCGCUACUCAGCGGGGCGUCAACAGGAGUAAAAGCCAGGCGCGACAACGAGAGGUAAACACCUUGAAAGAGGAUCCCUUGUUUUCACCCCGAGACUCGGUCCUGCUGGCGGUAGAGGCUCUGAACCGGGCCGGAUUACUACCUUACAAUUUGUCUCUGGAGCUUGUCAUGGCAGUUGGAUCUGCGCUCGGCGAGUUGCCCGCGUUCUCAUACUCCUCUACGGGCAUUCCCGAGGACGAGGACCCGUUGUCCUUUCUGGAGAGCGUGUGUCACACAGUGGUCGUACAGGGGGUUUCCGCCAUGAUCGCCUUUCCACGGAACCGGGACGAGCUCGUCAAGUUGGAUUUCAUUUCAAUUGCGCUUCAGGUGCCAGUAGUCAGCGUUGUGCAGAGGGAGUUUUCGCGUCACAGUGAGAAUCCUCUUCAUUUCCAAAUGGCAUUGCAGACCGUGGAGGCUCCACCUUCCCAUCUCCUCUACUAUCUGCUGAUGAUGAAUGGCUGGUGGGACAUCAACAUUCUGCUUUGUCAGGAGUGGAACAUCAGCAACUUUAUUGUCCUCAUCAAGAACAAUACCCGCUUUCACCUGGGCACUCUUGUCAACCUGACCUCAACACUGUCACCAUCUUCAACUUCAUUAUCAUCCUCAGCAGGGACAUCAGGUAAUCCAGUGGAAGCAGAAGAAUCACCUUCUUCCGCAUCACCUUCCUCUGCUUCAUCUUCUUCAUCCACUUUCUCUUCUAAGUCAGACCAGCAGCAAGCUCUUAUGCGGCAGCUAGAAACACUGAAAAAACCCUCAUCAAAGACAGGACUGGUGACGUUUGGGUGCGAUAUCCGUGAAGUGCGCCGUUUAUGGACAUUAGCUACUCGGAUGACAUUCCCGGAGUUUCACUGGAUCUUGGGGGACAGCCAGAAUGUGGCUGAGCUGAGAACAGAAGGGUUACCCCUGGGGCUUCUGGCCCAUGGAGUCAUGGGAUCUCCUUCUCUGGAUCAUUAUGUGCAAGACUCCUUGGAGCUGGUAGCGCGAGCAGUGGGCAGUGCAGCCCAGGAAAAUCCUGCUAUGGCACUUAUACCUGGAACUACCAACUGCAUGGAUGCACAACAGAGCAACGGCAGCUCAGGGGAAUACUUGGCAAGAUUUCUGGCCAACACUUCAUUUGAAGGCCAAAGUGGUUUUAUAGCCAAGGAAAGUCACAGUCAGAACAUCAUCUCAGAGGCCCAUCAUUACAUCUGGUCCCUCCAGCUGGACCCCUUAGGCCAGCCAACCUGGACCCGCUUGGGACGCUGGCGCAGAGGGAGAGUUCUGAUGGACCAGCGGGCCUGGCCAAGUCAUCCAGGGUCUGGAGGCGGAGGAGACUGGCGUCGAUCCACGAGAUUGCACAUGAGAGUGGUGACACUGGUGGAGCACCCAUUUGUAUUUACCCGUGAAGUGGACGGGGAUGGGAUGUGUCCUGCAGGGCAGCUGUGUUUGGAUCCACUCACCAAUGAAUCUUCAGUUUUGGAAGGACUUUUCCAGAAUCUUGGAGGACCUAAUGGAUCUGUUCCCACAAACUUAAAAAAAUGUUGCUAUGGUUACUGCAUUGAUCUGUUGGAGAAGCUGGCAGAGGACUUAGGCUUUAGUUUUGACCUCUAUAUUGUUGGCGAUGGAAAGUAUGGGGGCUUCAAGAACGGUCGCUGGACAGGAUUGGUCGGUGAUUUGCUAAGUGGUGCAGCUCACCUGGCAGUAACAUCUUUUAGCAUUAAUUCAGCCCGGAGCCAAGUGAUUGACUUCACCUCACCCUUCUUCUCUACCAGCCUGGGAAUUCUGGUUCGUACUCGUGACACAGCUGCACCCAUCGGAGCCUUCAUGUGGCCUCUCCACUGGUCCAUGUGGCUCGGUAUCUUUGUCUCCCUCCAUGUCACUGCUGUCUUCCUCACCUUGUACGAGUGGCACAGCCCGUUUGGAAUGACACCACGUGGACGUAACCGGGACCGAGUAUUCUCUUUCUCUUCAGCUCUUAACGUCUGCUACGCUAUUCUCUUUGGGAGAACGGUGGCCAUCAAGCCCCCAAAGUGCUGGACUGGGCGUCUGCUGAUGAACCUUUGGGCCAUCUUCUGUCUGUUCUGUCUGUCCACGUACACUGCUAACCUGGCUGCUGUCAUGGUUGGGGAGAAAACCUAUGAGCAGCUGUCAGGGAUACAUGAUCCAAAGCUGCACCAUCCCUCUCAGGGGUUCCGUUUUGCUACAGUGAGAGAGAGCAGCGCAGAGGACUACGUCAAGAAGAGUUUCCCCGAGAUGCACGAGUACAUGAGAAGAUACAACGUCCCGGCAACUCCAGAUGGCAUACAUAAUCUUAAAGCCGACCCCCAGAAACUGGAUGCAUUCAUCAUGGACAAAGCUCUGCUGGACUAUGAGGUCUCCAUAGAUGCAGACUGUAAAACACUAACAGUUGGAAAACCCUUUGCAAUAGAAGGGUAUGGCAUUGGUCUCCCUCAGAACUCUCCGCUCACCUCCAACUUCUCAGAGCUUGUUAGCCAGUACAAGUCAGAUGGCUUCAUGGACAUGCUGCAUGACAAAUGGUACAAAGUUGUGCCCUGCGGGAAGCGCAGUUUUGCCGUGACUGAGACUCUUCAGAUGGGUAUAAAGCAUUUCUCUGGUCUUUUUGUGAUGCUGUGUGUUGGUGUGGCCUUAUCUCUUCUAACCACAAUAGCAGAGCACAUUGUGUACAAGCUGGUGAUCCCAAGGGUCAAAGAGCCCCGCUAUAAAUAUUGGCUGCACACAAGUCAGAGAUUACACCGAGCCCUCAACUCAGUCUUCACAGAUGACAAACUAGCAACUGUUGCCAAGCCUGAGAAAAGGUGCAAUGAGGGAAACAACCAGUCAGCCUCUUGGAAUCUGGCAGAAUCCUCUCUCUGCAACAGGCGAAGGUUCCUUCCACAAGAUGUGCAAAAUGACCUGGAACGUCCAUCGUCACAGGAUCUUCCACCUCCACCACCCCCUUCUCCUCUUCGUCAUCCCCAUACUCUUCCCCUGCUGGAGAAACACCUGCCCAAAGUGACCACCUCUAAUGGUCGCUCUGAUCUAUUAGGGAGGAGCUUGAGCCAAGGAGGGUCUGGACAGGGCAUUAUACAGUGUCGGGGUAUAGGAGUGGGCGACUGCAGUCAGGGCCUGGGUGUGGGCCGGAAUCCGCUGGUUCAGGAACUGUCAGAACUGGAGAGUCAAAUCCUUGUAAUCAAGCAGCAGCUGCAGUCAGCCAUGAGACGAAAGAGAGAGCUUGAACAGUACCAAUCAGAAAACCAGCAAGCAAACCAGACUGCACCUAGUCAGCCCACUACACACCAGUUUGCUCAGUAUGCCCAAUCCCACCAGCAGACUAACCAACACACAAACACUCUCCCAGACUUCUGAACCUUGCCUCCUCUGUUUUGUCCAGAGAAACCUUGUUAGCCCCCAAAACCUCUAGGUUCUGGAUAACGGUCCUUUCCUGAGUUCUGGAGUUGGAACACACAGACUUCUGGUAGCAAGAUCCUCCUUUAGACUCAGAAGUUCCCAUGAAUGCUGGACUAACAUGUCCACUUGGGACCAGAUCAUGCUCUAUGGCUCUAACUGGGAUUUUCCUGUGUGCUGGACAAGGGUGAACUAGAACUCUUGAGCCAAAUUUGUUUUGGGACCCCCACUAGCUUGUUGUGUCACUGAAGAGCUGUGCAUCCUCUCAAUCUCCAUUUCACUUCUCUUCUAUCCCUCCAGCUUUUUUUUCUUUUUCCAACUUUCAUUUUCUGCUUAUUAUUUUCUAUUGUCCCUUUCAUACCUUCCCACUAAGCGCUGUCUCUUUGAUGCAUUUGCUUGCCAUAUUGAUAAGCUUGAUCAUAGGUAUGAUGACUCUUUGGUAUUUAAUGGGCUAAUUCAAUGAGUUUUCAGAGAUUCCCCAACAGUGUAUGAUGACCUUUGGUUGAACCCACCCAGUUAACUCUUUAUGUCUUGCUGAAACCUUGUACCUUUCAGACAUACAGCUGCUGGCGAUUGGUUGAUAGUAUCACUGGUGAUGUAAUGUUUCUGGCCCCAGGCAGUGCAUUUACUUUGGCUCUGGCCAUUUUCUCUAAGAAGUAUGUUCAACUUUGAUGGGGCUGUUGUUGAAAAAAAAUCAAUGAAAAAAAAAAAAAAAGGUAUUGUCCAAAGCUUUCACAAGACAUCUUCAUAAAGCAGGCCCAGUUGGCAUCUUGUAAUGGACAAUACACAACCCUACUAAUGGAUCACUGUAUAAUGUUGUCCUGCACUUCACUGAAAUACUCCCUUUUUAUUGAAGAAAGCCACAGUUUCACCUGUCAGAGUCCUGAGUUUUUCUCUACAGGCGUUUCAUUGUGGCUUCACAACAGUCGAGUUGAUACAUGGAGUGAUAAUAAACCCAAGAUUUCUUUCUUUUGUUAAGUUUUGAUCCAAAAAGUUUUUUCUUACCCAUCUUUCUGAAUGAAAACAUAAUGGUGCUCUAUAUCAAACAUAGCAGUACCAUUGAUUUAUAAGUACAAAUUCAUUAUACAUAAACCACUGGUCUGUGUCUGACAUGUUACUAUGAGUCACAUUUACAGCUAACAGUUCCUCUUUGAUGAGUACUGUUUUCUUGCAUCAUUUCUGUUUUGGUUCUGUUAUUAAAAAUGUACC